UGAAAACAUAAACGCAUGUGAAAACCGGAACGGAAAGGAAGGUUGAAAGAAUCACUCGUGUAGGAAGAAAUAUGACUUCCCAGAGAGCUGAUUGUGGUAAUCUCGAAUUAAGGUCACAAAGCUGUGAACAAAAUUUACUUUCCAGACCAGAUGGUUCAGCAACUUAUUGUCAAGGUGACACAUCCGUAAUUGUGGCAGUGUACGGUCCAGCAGAAGUUAAACAAAGUAAAGAAUUUUUAGACAAAGCAACAUUGGAAGUGAUAUUUAAACCCAAGGUUGGGAUUCCAGGAUGCAGUGAAAAAUUUCAAGAAAGAUUAAUUCGUAAUACUUGUGAGACAAUCGUGUUAACUGCCUUACAUCCCAGAUCCUCCAUAAAUAUUAUUAUACAAGUAAUGCACAAUGCUGGAUCUUUAUUAUCAUGUUGUGUAAAUAGUACAUGUAUGGCUUUGCUAGACGCUGGUUUACCAAUGUCAUGUUUAGUGGCUGCGGUUACGUGUUCAUUAAGUUGUGAUGGGGACAUUAUAUUAGAUCCAACAAGCCAACAAGAAAAGGAGGCUAAGGCAAUUUUAACAUUUGUAUUUGAAAGUCGGGAUAAUGAAAUCAUUACAUCCAAUACGCAUGGUAUAUACUCUAUAAAACAG